AUGGGAACAUCAUCUGCCAAUGUUGUUGAGAUUCUUGCCUUGCUCAUUCUACUUCAAAGCGUUUCCUCCUUCUGCAAUGGAGAUAAUUUCAAUGGAAGCUGUAUCAAGACUGAAAGAGAAGCUCUUGUGAAGUUCAAGUCAAGCCUCGUCGACAAUUCAAACUCGUUGCCUUCAUGGGUGGGAGAUGACUGCUGCAGAUGGGACGGAGUCACUUGCGAUAACAUAACCGGUCAUGUAGUUAACCUCGUUCUUUCUUGGACGUCCAUCAGGGGAAACAUUUCCCUUCAUCUUGGAAAUCUUUCAAACUUGCAGUAUCUUGAUCUCAGUUUGAAUCCUUCAUUGGCAAUCCACAGCCUCCAUUUUCCAUCUUCUUUGAAAUACUUGAACUUGACCUAUGUGCUCCUGGACAAGUGUGAAAAUUGGUUGCAGUCAAUAAACAUGCUUCCUUCUUUACUAGAAUUAGAAUUGUCGAAUUGUGAGCUUUCCAUCAUUGGUGAUGUUUCACAUGUCAAUUUUACAUCUCUUGAGGUUCUCAACCUUGGAUGGAACAACUUCCAUUCCACAAUCCCAAGCUGGUUAUAUAAUAUCACCAACCUUCGACAUCUUGUUCUACGCUAUAAUGCUUUCCGAGGGUCUAUUUCCACUGAUAUCAGUAAUCUUAAUUCUCUUGCUUCCCUUGCUGCGGAUUUUAAUUCUUUAGAAGGCAACAUACCCAACACGUUGAACAGGCUUUGCAAUUUGAUUGAGCUAGACUUGGGUUACAACAAGUUCGGCGGUGAGAUUUCCGGAACUUUUGGCAACUCAUCCGGUUGCAUCAAGAACAGUUUAGAGAAUCUGUAUCUUUUAUACAAUUCAUUUUCUGGUAGUAUUCCAGAUAAUUUGGGACAAUUUAAACGCUUGAAAGUUCUUUAUCUUUCUAAAAACUCUUUCUGGGGUUCAAUUCCUGUAUCCAUUGGACAGCUUUACAACCUUGAAAGACUAGAUUUCAGUGAGAAUUCAUUGCAUGGGAAAGUUUCUGAACUUCACUUGUUAAACCUGAGAAGCUUGUUUGAGUUGAGUAUGGAUGGGAAUUCUUUAGUUUUUGAUAUAGAUCCCGAAUGGAUACCUCCUUUUCAACUUUCCUGGAUUCAUUUAUCAUCUUGUGAAGUAGGGCCUUUUCCACAGUGGCUCAGAACACAAAAGAGCAUUAGAUUUUUAGACAUGUCUAAUGCAAGCAUCUCAGAUAACAUCCCUGACUGGUUUGAAAAUAUUUCUUCCAAUAUUGUAUCAUUGGAUUUAUCUUAUAAUCAGUUGUUUGGGACCUUGCCAACUUUCAGAAAACUGAACACACCUUAUACUAACGAUUAUAGGGUCAUAUUGUUGAAAUCUAACCAGUUUGAUGGUUUUUUAACCUGUUCUGAUUUUGAUGCAACCAUAUUGGAUAUCUCCAACAACUUGCUCCACGGCCAGAUUCCCCAGAAUAUCAGUGAUAUGAUGCCAAGUCUGCGACACUUAUCCCUCUCCAACAACUACUUGAAUGGUACAGUUCCAGCUACUUUAUGGAGGAUUGAAUCUUUACAAAUUCUUGAUCUUUCGAAUAAUCAGCUAUCAGGAAGAAUACCUUCAUGUUGGGGAAAUUUGACAAGUUUAACUGUGAUUGAUUUUUCAAGUAAUAUGCUGAGUGGUGAUGUUCCAAUGUCCUUGGGUUCUCAAGAGUCGCUUGUUUCCCUGCAUCUGCAAAACAAUACUAUGCAAGGAAAUAUCCCAAUGUCAUUAAGGAAUCUAGAAUCCUUGGAGACUCUUGAUCUUAGCAUGAAUUCUUUUGAUGGUUUUAUUCCUUGGUGGAUAGGUGAGAGCCUAUCUUCUCUGAAAGUACUGAGUGUUCACUCCAAUAAAUUUGAAGGUGAGAUUCCUCUGCAGCUUUGCUACCUUGCUUCUCUUCGCAUAUUGAACUUGGCAAAUAACGUGAUGACUGGAACCAUACCUAAUUGUUUUGGCAAUUUUACUGCAAUUGCUAUGCAUGAGCAGAAAGGGCAGUGGGACUAUUACGCUAAUGCUGAUCCCUAUGUGGGAUUUGCAAGAGCUAGCUAUGGUGAGAAUGUGCAGGUUUAUGUCAAAGGAAUGGAGCUUGAAUAUAGUAGAACACUUCGAUUUCUGUAUUCCAUUGACCUUUCAGGAAAUAACUUUGUUGGAGAAAUUCCCUAG